ACUUUGUUACAAUGAUCGGUCUCAAGAGCUGCCUUUCCCUAGCUUUUGCCACGACAUUCGCUGUCGGCGUUCUUGCUCAAGCACCACCAACACCUCAAGACUUGACGUAUCUCAACUCCACCAUUUUUCCAGGCACGUCCAUAUCCUUCAAGGAGACUACCAUUUGUGAGACCAACGAGGGCGUCAGAGGUUGGAGCGGCUACGUCAACUUCCCUCCUUCACCUCAAGAGGGUCGCAACUACCCCAUGCACACCUGGUUCUGGUUCUUCGAAGCUCGUCAUGAUCCUCAAAAUGCACCUCUUGCGCUUUGGCUGCAGGGCGGACCUGGUGCACCGACAUCUGUGUCAGCUGUAAACGAGAACGGUCCUUGUAACUUGCUCAACAACUCACGAGACGCCGUCAACAAUCCAUGGUCCUGGAAUGACAGAGUCAAUAUGCUAUAUGUUGACCAACCGGUACAAACCGGCUUCUCAUACGACACUUUGUUAAAAGGAACGAUCAGCGAGUCUUACUCCCCCUUCCAAGCCUUCAAACAGGGCCAAUUCCCGAUCAAUGAUACCAAUCUCGCUGGCGUCUUCACCUCCAACAAUCCCAGCACGGCUCCAAACAGUAGCGUUGUCGUCGCUCCUGCCAUGUGGGAUUUCAUGCAAACGUGGUUGCAAGAGUUUAACAUCUGGGGGGAGUCUUACGGAGGACAUUGGGUUCCUACAUUUGCCGACUACUUCUACAAGCAGAAUGAUCGCAUCAGCUCUGGCAGUCUCAACGCAACAUUGCUGACCAUCGAGUCUCUCGGUCUAAUCAAUGCUUGUGUAGACGCCGAAACUCAACUUCCCUUCUACCCCGUCAUGGCUGCCAACAAUACUUACGGCCUCAAAAUUUUUAACGAUACCACCUACGCGACUUCCAUGGCAGCUCUGCCGCAAUGUCUGAACCUCAUCAAGAUCUGUAGAGCGGUCGACGCACGUCUCAACCCUUACGGAUUUGGCAACGACACAGACGUAAACAUCCCAUGUAGAAAGGCAUACGAGUACUGCAUCACUGCUGUCGCCAGAGAGACUCAAUUAGGCAACAUAGAAGGAUACGAUGCUUUCCACUUCGACAUUGCAUCACCUUUCAUCCACAACUUCCCGCCUCGUUAUGCCGCUGGAUAUCUGAACAAUGCCACCGUACAAGCAGAUCUAGGCGUCCCUCUCAACUUCACUGGUUACUCGGCAGUCAUCGCACAAGAGUUCGAAGUCGCGGGUGACUUUAUCAAAGGUGAUAACCUCGCAGCUCUGGGUCGAUUGCUCGAUCGCGGAGUCAAAGUCUCUCUCUUGUAUGGAGAUCGUGACUAUCAGUGUAACUGUAUGUGUCCUGCUUUUGUCUACGUCGUUUCACCACUGACGAGCUUGAUACANGGGUUUGGAGGCGAAGCCAUCAGUCUUGCCAUCAACUCCAGCAUCUCAUCCUCUUUCAAGGAGGCUGGCUACACCAACUUCGAGACCAAUGCAUCUUAUACUGGUGGCUUGACUAGACAAUAUGGAAAUUUGUCUUUCACCAGAACCACAUACCAAAUAUUCAACCGCGUCCUUUUCAACAACGACGUCGCUACCGGCCAGAUCUCCACUGCAUCCUCAUCAAACUCUUCCACCUAUGCCACGACAGGCAAUUCCUCUGCUCUGAUCUCCAUCGGUGCACCCAUUGAUUUCGAGGCCAAAGUGCCUGCGUGCUACUUCUGGGAUAUUCUGGAGACUUGCACGUCAGCACAAGCUCUCAUCUUCCAGAACGGAAGUGCCAUUACGGAAGACUUUAUCCUUGUGGGUUACAGGCUGAAAGAUGGCACCAAGGUGUUUUACAAUGAGACUGCUGCGAGAACCGGCAGUGGACAGGGUAGUGGAAAUGGGUCAUCUCCACAGCCAUAUGUUCCUGGCAGUGGUGCUUCGCAUGUUGGUUCUAUGAGUUCGGGGCUGGCUGCUCUGGCUCUAGCUGCUGUCGCUGCGUUUGUA